AUGGAGUACUUUCCUCCCACCAGGAAAUGGAGCCCGAGUCGGCCCAGCUGUUGCACAAACGUGACAUCCCAGACUUGGGCACUCCCAGGGGCACCUGGCCACCCCAGAAGAUGUCUGGACAAUGUGGUCAAUGAGCAGAGUACUUCCCCACCAGUGCCACACCUCCAUGCCUUGCUGACCAGUGGAGACGAGCCUCCCACACAGACAGACAUCUUUGACCUCCUCAAAGCCUCCUAUGAGAAAUUCAGCAUCCUGCGGGCCAGCGACACUGAGCAGAUGCGGUUUAACAGGCUGAGAGUGAUCCAGUGCUUGGAGGACACAGCCAAGAGGAGCGUGGUCCGAGCCAUACCUGGGGACACUGGCUUCUCCACAGAAGAGCUGGAAGACCUUUACAUGGUGUUUAAGCCUGGGACUGGCUCCCGGGCCCUCUGCUGCUGUGAGGAGGUCCUGUCCCAGCCCCCUGGAGCCUGCACCGUCCUGGGGAGCCCCUCUCAUCAUGCCCUCCUCCUGCCUUCUCCCACAGGCGGGAUGUACCACGGGGACAUGACUGAAAAGCUCAAGGUGCUCUACAAGCUGCACCUUCCCCCAGCCCUAAACUCUGAGGAAGCCGAGUCAGCCCUGGAGGCCACCCACUAUUUCACGGAAGACAGCUCCUCAGAAGCACUACCACAGGAAGAUCGGGAAGGAAGCAGAAGCGAGGAUACCCAAGAAAAGCGAGCAGAGGAGAAGGGGACCAGCCCCCCAGACUACCGACUCUACCUUCGCAUGUGGGCCAAGGAAGAGGCUCAGAAGGAGACCAUCAAGGAUCUGCCCAAAAUGAACCAGGAGCAAUUCAUUGAGCUGUGCAAGACGCUAUACAACAUGUUCAGUGAGGACCCCCUGGAGCAGGACUUGUACCACGCCAUUGCCACAGUGGCCAGCCUCCUCCGCAUCAGUGAGGUGGGGAAGUUCUUCAGUCCCAGUGUCAAGAAGCCCACGGGUGGCACUCCCAGCAGGGACCAGUGCAGUUCCACCGAGGAUGAGUCCCCACUGCCAUCACCUGCAAGGGAAUCCCAUCAGGACCCAGUACAGGAAUGCCAGCUGACAGCCACGGGGGACCCCUGGACCAAAGCUGGUGGAGACACCCACCUUGGAAAAGUGCCACAGGAGAGACAGACGGUGGUAGAGGGGGGCAGUGGAGAGGGGCAGGGCUCACCCUCCCAGCUCCUGUCUGAUGAUGAAACCAAAUACAACAUAUCCAUGUCCUCCUACUCAGUGGUCAGCAUGGGCUCCCUGCAGUGUGAGAACCCCACAGCCACUGCCCGCAUUGGGAACACCAUGGACGCAGACUGGUGCAUCUCCUUCAAGCAGAUCCUGGCCUCCAUCCUGCCGGAGUCUGUGCUGGUCAACUUCUUUGAGAAAAGGGUGGACAUUGGACUCAAGAUGAAGGACCAGAAGAAAGUAGAGAGACAGUUGAGUGCCUCCAGUGAGCACGAGCCAUCUGUUGCUCUGGGCUGAGCCCCUUGGCUGAGUGAUUCUGGCCGAGGCCUCUGU